CAUUCAGGAAGUGUGUUUGUCAUGCUGGGGCAUUAGUAUUUGUCUGGAACUGGAUUCGAGUUGCCAGGAUUCAUUCAAACAUUUUAAAGAAGGAAGCGGUCAAUAUCCAUUUGUCUCCGGCUCCUGGAAUGUUGCUCGACGAAACUCCGCUGUUUGAUCCUUCUCUUCUCCAUGAGCUGGACUGGAGCAGCAACAGCGUCUCCUUCUCGCCCGCCAUUUCUCCCUUUCAGCCUGGAGAAGGUCUAGUCCUCCGUCCUCUCUGCACCGCUGACCUGAACAGAGGUUUCUAUAAGGUCUUAUCACAGCUCACAGAGGCUGGAGAUGUCACAGAAGAACAGUUCAAAGCAAAUUUUGAACAUAUGAAGAAAUCUGGAGACUAUUAUGUGAUAGUGGUGGAAGACACGAAUCUUGGGCAAAUUGUUGCUACAGCAACACUAAUCAUAGAGCACAAAUUCAUCCACGCUUGUGCAAAGAGAGGCCGUGUGGAAGAAGUGGUUGUGAGUGAUGUUUGCAGGGGGAAACAGCUAGGAAAACUGUUGGUAUCAACACUGACUCUCCUCAGCAAAAAACUGCAGUGCUACAAGGUUACACUGGAAUGUGCGCCAAAAAAUGUGGACUUUUACAGAAAGUUUGGCUAUUCUGCUUCGGAUGAGACUUACAUGCAAUGCCGGUUCUUUAACUGAAUCCAAACGAAUGUUGAACAUCACAGAAUGUUUGCUUUAGGACUCUUGAUCUGUUCUGGGAGAACCUCAGAUCAGACUACCUUGAAGUUGCACAUUUUCUAGCCAGUAAAAAAAAACACACAAUAAAGCUUGGUAAAAUGGUGUCAAUUAAGUAACAGUAACAAAAUAAUGUGACAAGCAUUUUGAAUUCACUACAACACAGAACAAUGUGCAGAAAUGGCACUUAAGUUUUCAGAAUGUGUGGCUUACAGUGACCGAAACAAAAAGUAACAUUGUGUGGCCUGUAUAAAGAGAAAAGACAAACAUUUUGUUGUAUAGAUGGGUUUAUAUACUUGAAUAUUUUCUUAUGUCAGAAUUUCUACUUUUUUUUUUGGGCUAAAAAGUGAAACACAUUUAAAAAUUACUAGAAUUGUCAUCGUUUUGUUUCCAAAGGUGUUUUUAUAAAGCAGUUUGAGGCUAAUUUACCUCUAGGUUAAUGCUAAGGUGUGUAAAAUGCCAAGACUCAAAUCUGAAUCUAUUUUAACUUAUUUAAAUUCCUCAUGCAGGUACUUAUCUUCAACAGAGACAGUCAUAGAAAGAAAGAAAAAGUUUACGUUUAUUUAUGCUCCUGUAUUUUCUCAACUUUGGCUCUGGUCAGACACUGAAUCAUUAGUUUUGUGUCAAACCUAGAUGAAGGAAAAUAAAUUAUUUUGCAAUAUAUCCUGAAGCGAUGAAAGAAUAUCUUUGUACAUUAUUUUUGUACGUCCACUGACGGGAACAAAUAAGGGGCAUCAAAAUGCUUCUCACCUGUCAGUCAAAAGAUGGUAGCGAUGUUUUAUAUCUGCUAUAUUUUAAAACUGAUGUAAAACGACAAUUGGUGAAUGGGUUAAAAAUGUUACAUUAAAAGCAUUAUGACAAAUCUCAA